AUGACUGAAGCACUUUGGGAGGCUCAUUCAAAGGAAGACCCGACUUCUCUGACAUUUUUCCACCACAAGAAACAGAUCUAUAUUUUCACGCCAGCUGGAAAGCCGGUGUUUUGUCGAUAUGGGAAUGUACUUCUUCAGUCAUCCACAACAGCGACACUAACAGCGCUGAUUUCUUAUACUUCAUCAGAUCCAAUUCAGUCCAUUCAUGCGCCAGACAAUAUUAUACUUUUCGAUACAACAACGCCGCUGUCGUAUUGCAUCAUUUCAAAGACGGGGGAAUAUGAAAAGGUGCUUUUAAGACAGUUGUCGAUAUUAAUCCACGUGUUACACUCGUUCAUCUCACUUCCGACGAUCAAAAUGACACUUCAAAAUGCGAGUAAUUUUGAUUUGCGACGAAUUGUAGCGGGACACUACUCGCUACUCAAAAACGCGAUUCAUUUAGCGAACGAAAUGGUUGGGAUCUGUGUGGGGUGCACCGAAAUCUUUCCGUUACAGAGCAAACACCGCGAGGAGUUGCUCAUCAAAAUAGACUUUGCGAUUAACACGUGUGAGAAGACGAUGGAGAAGGACGGGGUCUUAUUUGUUCUCAUAUUGAAUCGGAAUAAGACCGUCUUUGCGCGCGGAAGAAAAGGUGUGAAAAUGUCCACAAGAGACAUAUUAGCGAUUAUAGCACAUGUCAACACUAUCAAAGUAGUUGGGAAGAAAGUGUUGUUACCAAUGUGUUUGUCUGAUUUCAAUGAAAAUGCUUUUGUACAAUCGUACUUCAACUUCUAUACAGAAGACAUCACUAUUGUCGCUAUAUCUACACAGGCAGAAUCAUUUCAGUCGUUGAAUGUUCUCUGUUGCGAUAUCGAAAAUAUGAUGAAAGACAUCGAAAUAUCAACACCAGACAUUCAGUGCCAACUCAUCACACAAAAUAAAGUAUUAAAUAUCGUCGUCACACAAAACCACCAAAUCUAUACCACUGGAAUAUUUACUAAAGAACAGAAAAGGGACGUGGCUAACGCACUUUCUCGACAAUACACAGAGGAAAUGAUCAAUUACAAAGACUACUAUAUAUUACAUAAACGAGUAGAAGAGGCAGAAUACGUCGCUGUCGUCAACCCUUUCAUUACUAAAACAGACUUGUGCAAGUUGGAUGAAGACAUUUUCGUCUGGGUGAAACAAGUCUCGCCAACACUUUGGCUAGCAAACCCACCACUCUGGUGA